AUGAGUAAACAACAAAAAGCAGCUAAAAAAAUACGACCUCUUGAUGAGGUUUUACAAUCCUAUAGAGUAAUCAUACAUGAAUCAGAAAUGUUUUCAAAUUUAAAGGAAAUAUUAUCUCAACACAAGGAUAAAAUAUGCAACAUACGAUGCCUAGCGAUUGGGUCGUUUACCCAGGAGUUUCCUGCUAAGUAUCAACUAGCUUUGCUACUAGAACUCAUCGACUAUUUACUGAAUGAUAAAAUUAGUCCUAAGGUAUCCAUUUACGAUCCGGUAUUCAAUGAUUCUGAUUUAGGAUAUUUAGACAAAUGUCAUCCUGAAUGGGAAGUAAAAGAGGAGGUUGAUAAAGAGACCUUUAACCCAAAUUCAACGUUAUUCUUCCUACCACACGCACCAUUAGGUUUAACCGAACAAAUUCUGAAUGAAGAAAAACCUAAAUUAUUUCUGGCCAAUAACAUUAUCCAGCAUACAGAUAGAUAUACGAAAGGUGAAUUAAAUGAAAAAUAUCCAUUAUUAAGUAAGCUUGUAUACUUGGUAGAAUCUAAAUCUGAAAUAUCACAGAAACAAGAAAUAAUCAAUUCCUCAUCAAUCGAUGGCUUCACAGCAUUUGUACCGAAAAGAAAAAGGAAACAAAAAUCGAAAUAUAAAUUUGUGGAAAAAAUCAUUGAUUAUGAUAGUAUUGAAUCAGUAUUCACCCAAUGUACGAUUACGUCUACGUUCGAUGAAGGAAAACUAUUAAGGGAUCAGCCCUGGGUCAAUUCGUUUUCCGAUUUGGCAAUGCAUAUUAUAUAA